AUGCUCCUGAGGCUGCUGUCGCUGCUGCUGGCGGCCCAGCCGCACCGCGCUCUGGCCUCGCCGCCGGCACCUGCCGACCCGGGAGCGCCGCCGCCGCCGCCCCCCCGGCCCCCCGCCCCCGGGCCGCCCCGCGGGGCCAGCGGCGUCGUGCGGCGCCUCGACCCGACCUACGCGGGGGGCGGCAAGGCGGGGUAUGUGCUCUACGCCGGGGGACAGCGCUUCCUGCUCGACCUGGAGCGCGACGGGCCGCGCUGCCACUACCGCGGCACGGUGGACGGCAGCCCCCGCUCCCUCGCCGUCUUCGACCUCUGCGGCGGCCUCGACGGCUUCUUCGCCGUGGGGCGCUCCCGCUACACCGUCCGGCCGGCGCGGCGCACAGCGGAGGCGGCCGGCCCGCGGAUCUACGGGGAGGGCCCGGCCCGAACCCCGCACCUCUUCCGCAGGGAGCGCUUCAGCUUCGAGACGGUGCCCGCCCGCACCAGCUGCGAGACCCGAGACCCCGCCGGAGCUGCAGCGGGGGACGGGAGGCGGCGGCGGCGGCGGCGUCGCUCCGUCUCCCGGGCCCGGCAGGUGGAGCUGCUGCUGGUGGCCGACGCCUCCAUGGUCCGCAAGUACGGGAAGGGGCUGCAGCACUACCUGCUCACCUUGGCCUCCAUCGCCUCCCGGCUCUACGCCCACGCCAGCCUGGAGAACCACGUCCGGCUGGCCGUGGUCAAGGUGGUGGCCCUGGGCGAGAAGGAGAAGGGGUUGGAGGUCAACAGGAACGCCGCCACCACUCUCAAGAACUUCUGCAAGUGGCAGCACCAGCACAACCGCCUCGACGACGACCACGACGAGCACUACGAUGCCGCCAUCCUCUUCACCCGCGAGGAUUUAUGUGGGCAUCAUUCAUGUGAUACUCUGGGAAUGGCAGACGUUGGGACCAUAUGCUCUCCUGAGCGCAGCUGUGCGGUGAUUGAAGAUGACGGCCUCCACGCAGCUUUUACAGUGGCUCACGAAAUUGGGCACUUGCUUGGGCUUUCCCAUGAUGACUCCAAAUUUUGUGAGGAGAACUUUGGCUCCAUGGAAGACAAGCGCCUGAUGUCCUCCAUUCUGACCAGCAUUGAUGCUUCAAAACCCUGGUCCAAAUGCACUUCAGCAACUAUUACAGAAUUUUUUGAUGAUGGUCAUGGUAACUGUUUGCUGGACCAACCGAGGAAGCACAUUGUGGGCCCCGAGGAGCUCCCGGGACAAACAUACGAUGCCAUUCGUCAGUGCAAGCUGGCCUUCGGGCCCGAGUACACCGUGUGCCCUGGGAUGGACGUGUGCUCUCGCCUCUGGUGUGCCGUUGUGCGCCAAGGCCAGAUGGUCUGUCUGACUAAGAAGCUCCCUGCUGUCGAGGGAACACCGUGUGGAAAAGGAAGGAUCUGCCUCCAAGGAAAAUGUGUUGACAAAACCAAGAAGAAGUACUACUCAGCUUCCAGCCAUGGCAACUGGGGCUCCUGGGGGCCCUGGGGACAGUGCUCCCGCACGUGUGGUGGGGGAGUUCAGUUUGCUUAUCGCCACUGCAAUAACCCAGCUCCCAGAAACAACGGGCGGUACUGCACGGGCAAGAGGGCCAUCUACCGCUCCUGCAACGUCGCUCCCUGCCCGGCCAACGCUAAGUCUUUUCGGCAAGAGCAGUGUGAAGCAAGGAAUGGCUACCAGUCUGACGCAAAGGGUGUCAAGACAUUUGUUGAAUGGGUCCCCAAGUAUGCUGGAGUACUUCCCGGAGAUGUCUGCAAGCUCACCUGCCGAGCCAAAGGAACUGGCUAUUAUGUGGUGUUUUCUCAGAAGGUAACUGAUGGCACUGAAUGUCGACCGUACAGUAACUCCGUCUGUGUCCGAGGGAAGUGCAUCCGGACUGGUUGCGACGGCAUCAUCGGAUCAAAGCUCCAGUAUGACAAAUGUGGGGUGUGUGGAGGAGACAACUCCAGCUGCACAAAAGUCAUGGGCUCCUUUACCAAAAAGAGCAAGGGCUACACAGAUGUAGUGAGGAUCCCCGAAGGGGCAACCCACAUCAAAGUUCGGCAGUUCAAGACUAAGGACCAGAGCAGGUUCACUGCCUACCUGGCCCUGAAGAAGAAAAACGGUGAGUACCUUGUCAAUGGGAAAUACAUGAUCUCUACUUCAGAAACAAUCAUCGACAUCAACGGGACUGUCAUGAACUACAGCGGGUGGAGCCACAAGGACGAUUUUUUGCACGCGAUGGGACACUCCGCCACAAAGGAGAUUCUUAUUGUGCAGAUACUUGCGACCGACCCAACGCAGCCCGUGGAUGUCCGCUACAGUUUCUUCGUGCCAAAGAAGCCCGGGCAAAUGACUAACUCUGUCACCAGCAAAGUGACUCCGCAGCUCACGCAACCCCGCUGGGUUACGGGGCCGUGGCUCUCCUGUUCUCGAACGUGCGACACGGGAUGGCACACCAGGACUGUCCAGUGCAAAGACGGGCAUGGAAAACUGGCUAAGGGGUGUCUUCUCUCUCAGAGACCGUCAGCAUUUAAACAGUGCUUGUUGAAAAAGUGUUAACCUGUGGUUGUGAUCUUCUUUAAAAGAGGUUUGAUUAAGCCAUUGUUGACAUACUGGUAUUAGGUCUGCCCAGACAGAGAGAAGCAAAAGCUUCAAUGUGCUUACAUACAGUCUCAAAUUAUGGGCAGAAUCUGCCUAUUUGGACCAAAUGAAGAUGUGCACUGCUUUAAGUAAUAGUAGGGUGAUCUUAAUAUGUCAAAAAAGUCAGCAUUAAAGUUGUUACAAGCCCUCUGUGUCUGCAAAAAUGUAAAAUAAAAUAAUGCAAAAGAAGAAGAACUAGUGAAUGGAGGAGCCUGGGAUAUUUAAAGGUUACAGAAUCAUCUCCCCCUUUUCACCUACCUCUAAUACAGUAUGUCCUUAGAAAAUGUCACAUGUACCCAUGAUCCCACAGUAGCUUAUUUUAUACUGUUUUGUAAAUAUCUUUCAUUCAGUAUGUCACUUUAUAUGACAUGGUUCUAUUAAAAAAUCAAAAGACAAACUACAUAAGCAAAGUGAUUGACCAAAGUAUAUCUGUAGCCCUUGUGGACUUGGUCCAUUCUUCAAAAAGGGCCACAGAUGUUUUACUGGAAAAUGAAGAGCUUGCUGCUGGUUUUAAAAAGUAGUACCUUUUGGUUUUGACAAAAGGAAAUACGUUUUCAUGCUAGGAAUUUCCUGACAGUAUAUCAUUAUUCUAAGACAAAUACUGUGUUUCCACCAAGAAGUUCUCAGAAGGAGCGUUGUGGCAGCUUUGCAGACCAGGAAACCCCACGUGUACGUUGCUCAAAUACCAGGACCAUCAGCAGCUCCUCACCAUGUGUGUGUCAGGCAUGCACAGAAGGAGGAUUUGGCUGCUUGGAGGAAUUUGUGUACACUGUGCUUGUAAACCUUUCCCUAAUUCCGGCUGUGCCACAGCUUGGGGUCCUUGUUGUCGGUUAACAAUAGCUGCUAGCUGCUUCUUUCCAUGAAACAAAGGCAUACUGUAUUUUGUAGAAGCUAGUUAGAGAACCAAAAAUUACAGGUAAGAUAAUCAAGUGUCUUCUAACUCAGAUGUUCUGAGGCUGUGUUCAGCUGCUUUCUCUGUUAUUUUCUCUAUGGCUUCCACCUUGAAUUUAACAAUGUGUAAUGUACCUACAUCUUUUCAAGAGGCUAAAAAGGUCAAAAAAAACACAGCAAGCAGUUAAUAUUUUAUCACUGUUUUGUCCAUCAUGUCUAACUCUGGUAUUCAUCUUACCAGCAAACAUUUAUAACUAUUUGUCUUUUUUGAUUGUUUUGUGUGUGUUUUGGGGUUUUUUAAAUCUAUAGAAGGCAUUCAUAUUUUGUAUAUCUACCACAUUAGGGAGGAAGAGGGGUCACUAGGAAGUCAAACCACAUCAGGAUGUGGAGGACUUGUCCAAUAUCAAUAAGACUGUUUCCACAGUACAGGCAGUAGCUGGUAAUAGUUUUUAUUGGCAGCAAUUCCUGAAUCCCAUUAUUGUUUGGUAGAAGUUCUGUUGCUGAGGAUGGACAUUUCACCUUAUGCAGGUGGAGGCCUGAUAGCAAUCCUGUUAAAAUUGCUUCCUCUUACAUCAGCAGGCUUUGAAUUAAGCCUUGACAUAACAGGUAGUGAAAAAAAUGGUUAAAAAACGGAUGGAAGUGGAAUCCCAUCUGUCUUUUAUGCCUUUGUUCGUCCACACAGGAGAGAACAGGAUUGCAGGAUUUUUCAGACAAGCCUCACAGCUGUAAGUCAGUGGUACUGGAGCACCUCAGGCUCUUCUGAAAAUCCCAGGCAUGAAAUCAGGAGGGAAGACUUGUCGGAGUGUGUAGCAAGAAGGGCAAGUCUGACUCCAGGCUGACACAAACAUGUUUUUGCAACUGUGGUAUGUUUGUAUGAACUCUUAGAAAUCAUGUGAUGAUUUCAAAACAGCAUAGAGUUGCUACAUCCACAACUGUGAAACCUGGAGAAGUAUCUAUUUUUGUACCUUGUUCUAAAUAAACAGUAACAGGGGCAGAGCCUCCUCCUCUGUUAAACAGAUCACCAACAAAUGUUACUAAUCAUCUUCAGCUUUCAAAACCGGUGUGGCCUUCUGUUCAGGAGUAGUCCCUAUGCAAAACUGUGGAUCUUGAGGAAAACCCCCCAUUUAAUCUUGAUCCCACCCCAAGAACUGAGAGGCUCUGAAUAUUUGCAGAGAGCCUUCUCUGCCUGUUAAAAUAACAUCACUUUGGAAUGCCUUAUUUUCCUUUCAGGUAAUCAAAUUUUUAUACUUAUCUAUAUAUUACCCAUGUUCUAGAACCUCUCGAAAAAGUCCUUAACAAACAGAAACCAUCAUGAGAGGAAAAAUCAGGAGAUUAAAUGUGUCUCAGAACAGACUUAACAUUUGUCUCAGCAUACAGCUGCUGCAUUAAGUGGUAUUUGGUUUUCCUGUGUUUUUUUCCUAAUAGAGACAGAAUGUACAAGUAUUUGUCUUUUCAUGAUGGUAAUAAUUUAUUAUAUAUUAAAAAGGAUGAGUAAAGCUUUUGGAUGCUGUUUAGGCUCCAGAAGAGUAAUACCAUACACGGGUAUAAAUUUAAAGCUUCCUUAGAUCAAGAGUAUCUUUUCCACUGAAAGAGUUUAUUUAUAUAAAUAUAAAGAAGUAUGAGAACAAACCACUAUAGUGACUUUACCCUUUUCACCAGUGUAGCAGUGAAGCACAUUAUCAUGAGCAAAGAGCAGUUGCCCUUCUAUGGUGAGAGGGCAAAGGGGACAGACCAAGGCAGGGCCCCAAAAGUGUAAGAACUGCUAGGUCAGCCUGCUGUAGUUAACACAGCCUGCCGUAGUUAACUCUUGCUUUUUUAGGUGUUCUUGGUAGUCGGAUUCCAGUUCCAAACCUUCCUUCUGCCAGUCAUGGCUAUCUCAUGUAACUGGUGAGUGAAGAAUUGGUGCAAGGUAUCUGACUUUGUCAUGUCCACGUCUGUUCUCCACUGUCACUCACUCCGUUACAUCACUGUUUACAUCACUACCCAGUGUUGCCAAGCUGGAGUCAUAAAAUGCACCUAGGGGAUAGAAACCCAGAGUUUUGCUCUUGGCAUAUUAAGGAACAAUCCUCAGUUAAAUUCACACUGACUUUGGGACACACUUCCAGUGCCCUUAGGUGAAUUUGGACCUCUAAGCAUCGGUGGGUUUUACAGCAUCUUCUUUUCAAGUAAGAGAUUCUCAUUAGAAAAAAGCCUGUCAACUUUGGUUUGACUGUAUACAAGAAAUUAAAUUUAGCUGCCCUCCUGUGGAAACAGUUUUAUCACAAGGGGGAGAGGGAAUAGUCUUGUGGACUAAUAACAACUGUUUAAAAAAAAAAAAGGCAACACAGCACUGAAAAAAAUAAAGUAAUUUAUUGUUUUUACAACUGGUAUGUGAAUGGAUGUAAUGAAUUUAUUUAUUCUUAUUUAACAAAAUACCAUUUGUGCAAAUUCUAUAUUUAAAAUGUUUUGCUAUCAUCCCUGUCUCUCUUUCCCGCUCUCUUUUAAUUUAUGCUUCAGAUUUGUGUUGAAAGUAUGCCUUGUGAGUUUACAUAAUAUAUGGCACUGGUUAUAUUUUUUUUUGUAUGAUUUUAUUUAGAAAACCUUUUUCAUGAAACAGGAGUAUAUGUGUAUACAUGUGUGCACACUGUAUAGAUGUAUAUUCUUUUUCUGCUACCAUCUUUUUCUUAGAGUAGGUUCUAGAUUUGUAAUUUUGUGACACCUUGUGCUCAAAGCUCCCUGUUGCACUUACACUUCAAAAAACUCACAACUAGGGAGUCGUAAAAGUCUGUGGACUGAAAAAAAAACCCCAUAAUGGCUUCUGAAGAAGUCAGACAACAGAUAUGCUUCACUUAGACAUGUGCAAUUCAUGCUGCACCUCAGACUGACCACUCAGACUGGUGCUUCCAUUGAAGCAGGCACAGACUUUUAGUACCUGGGAGUCCUCUAUAUGUGAAUGAAGUUCUUGAGUUGCCAGGGUGGCAAGUGAGUCUUCUCUCAUGCAGCUUCUUAUGUUAAAGUGAAAACACUAAAGAGAAUAGUCUUGGGUGCCACUUUAAGAAAUAGUUUAAACAAUGUAUGGUUUGGUUUAUGAAGCCUGAACCAUUAAAAAAAGGUACUUUUUCAGUGUUUUCACUGUUUAUAUACAUAUAUAAAUAUGUAUAUAUGGCUAUAAAAAGUCAAAAGCCUUUUCAAUGUUUUACUUCAUUGUAUUCUAGCUCUUUGCACCACAUCAGGAAAAGUUAGAUACAAAAAAAAGCCAGUAAAGCAUUUUUCCAUGAAAAUAACAAUAUCUAUUUUACUUCCACUUUUCAUCCAGUUCAACUACCGCAGAACUCAAGGGAACCAGUAUUAGGUCCAGGGAAAAAUGUGAUACAAACAAACGUACACCUUUUCUGCAGUUUAUUUAACAAUACAAAUGACUCCAGUAGCCACUUCACUGCAAAGGCAGUACUACAGACUGCUUAUAAACAACUUCAAGCUGUUGAAAGUCCCCUUGCCUACCAGUGCCCACAUUCACCCACGUUAAAUUCCAGCUCAGCCUCCCUGCUCAGCCUCCCUCUUGCUGCUGCCCAGGCACUACUGAGGACCCAGAGCCAGCCACGAGGCUUUAGAUGAAUUAAUGGUGGCCAGUGGGUGAUGCUGCCUCACUCAAGACACAAUCCAAAAAUGCCAGGGAGUGGCUACAAGCCGGGUCCUUGAUGAUCUUCGGGGCAGGCUUUAAAUAGGAUUUGUAGGGAUGGCUCAUUAACAGCUAUGGGCUUCCAGCAAUAUGUUUAGGUGAGUGUUUCUCCUCGUCCUUAUGAAUGCCACGGUGUUCUUUGCCACUGAGGGAGAUGGAGCCUGUGACAAGAGGCAAAAUUAGAUUUUCUGAGCAUGGGCUACAAUUUUCAGGGGAAAGAAAGUUGCUUGGUUUGGACGGGUUUGUACCUUUUUUUAAUUAAGUGAUUAAAUUUUAUAGAGCUACCAGAGUGCAUCAUUGCAUUCAUACUUGUAAUUUGCAACAUUUUUGAGAGGGUGUUUGCUGUGGGUACGCUGAUACUAACUUGUGGGUAAAGCUAAUUCAACAUUCUUGCUUUAAAUAACACUGCAAAUGCAGGCAUUUCUGGUUUAUCAGGUGUACCAGUAAUGACUCUUAAAGAAACAAGGUCCUCAGCUGGGACCCCAGAAGGUGGCUUUGGACCUUAGAAGGUUGUAUCACAAGUGUAAGUUUUCAGCGAUAGAGUGCAAAAUUUGAAAUGCCCAAACACAGGUGAGUGGUGUAGGAGCUUGUCUCCAGAGGCACCACACCAAGCACCCCAGUACCCACCCCUCUGCUCCGCACACUGCAAACUUACACGUUGAAAACAAAACCCACAGCGUCGUUCGCUCUGGAUGUUGUCUGUGGGGGGUUCUUGGUCACUGUCAGGACAGUAAAAUCAUUUCCACACCCAUCAGCCUGGCUUAGUCCCUGUUGAAACACACACAUGGGCACAUGUAGAGCUUCCCCGUGGCUAAAUGGAAGUGCAUAUUGUUUGUGUGUGCAUGUGUAUGCUUGUGUAUAUAUAAACAUGUACAUGUACAUACAUACAGAGGCAAGUUUUUGCAUCUCCAUUACUCCCACUCACAGGGGAAAAAAGUUACACUGGGUUUAGUUAUAUCUGUGUAAAUUUAGGGUAACUUCAUUACAUCAUUUGGCUUUGCAGGAGGUGCUUCAGACUUAUACCACUGUAAGUGACAGCAUAAUUUUAACUUAGAGUAACUGGUUUACACAAUUUAUCAUAUGAACUGUGAAAUCUUCAAAUAGUUUAUCAUAUGAAACAUAGUGACAGUCAAGCAUAAAUGUAUUGUUAAAAUCCCAUCAGAUACAGGAAAUAAUACGCUGAAUUGAAGUUGGAGACAGCGUAUACGCCUGUACAGCAAUAAACCCUUCUAACUUCUAUAGCCAGGUCAUCUGCCCAGCACCAGAUAAGAUAAAAUGAAUGAGGUAUUGUAGGAAAGACUAAGGGGAAAGCACAGUGUUUGGUUUUGCUUAGUUUACUUCACGUGCCUCUUCAUACACUGUUGGUGUCAGCACAUUCUGGGAGGUGUCACUUUGUGCAUUACUGAUAACUUGGCUGAAAUACCAGUACCCCUUGCAAAAACAAGAUGUGUCACAAAACUUUUUUUUCCAUCCUAGUAUGUGUCCAACCGAAGAGUUAACAUUUUUAGAGCACUACUAUGUCAGCCAGUUUACAUCCUAAAAAUGUUAUGCAAAAUAAAGAUUCAUUUGAACUGAAUUGUACAAGGUCUACACUGUACUAUGACACAUUGAAGGCCAAUAUUUUGUUUUGUGAACUAUUACAUAUGUAUAAUUUACCAGUUGUAAUCUUGAAACAUUUGAUUCUGUGAUUUCAGUAAAAGUAAUAAAUACAAACUGUA